AUGCCUCCCAAGCGAAAGGCCCCUCCUGUGGGCGCGCAAGCUCCCGCACCCAAGGCUGGACGCACUUCUGCCAUGUCUACUUCCGGGCCGGCUACUCCCCGCAGCCUGGAUGAUUCAAAUUUGUCGGACGCCGAUGAAGACCUCGAUGACGAUAUCCCAGAGGAGCAGAAGAAGAAAGAGGAUCUGCUGAGCAAGGAAGCCGAUGAAUUUGUCAGGAAGUUCUCGGCAAUAAAGCGCGGGCUCAACAAGCAAGACGACGCUGAGCGUCUCCGGCAUUAUGAUGCUGCCACUCCGUACUUCAAGAAGAAAGACUUCUCCUACCUCCCCCUCAAACCCGACCACUACAAUCGCCCUUUGUGGAUUGACCCCAAUACGCAAACCAUCGUACUGGAACGGUUCAACCCUCUGUCGGAGCAGGCAACUGAUUUUCUCAUCACGAUUGCUGAGCCCAGAUCGCGCCCAACGUUUCUGCACGAGUAUGUCAUGACGACUCACAGCCUCUAUGCUGCAGUCUCGGUUGGUCUUCGGCCCAAAGAUAUCAUAAACACCCUUGAUCGCUUUUUGAAAACGCCACUUCCUGCAUCGACUCGGGAGUAUAUAGAGACGUGCACAAAGAGCUACGGCAAGGUGAAGCUAGUUCUCAAGAACAACAAGUAUUACGUAGAGAGCGUGGACGCCCAGAUGCUGCAGAUCCUGCUAAACGAUCCUGUCAUUGGCAAGCUGCGCGUUCAGGGAACUGACACGACCAGCUCUGCUCCCAAGAUGGGGGGCCUCGUUAUCCCCGGCACCCAGAACGCCGCUGGCGUCCGGCAGGCAAACCUGGUGGACGGCCCGGUUGCCGAAAAGAAGCCCGGUGACCAGGACGCUGCUGCUGCCAACGAGGCCGACUUGUUCGCCAAUUUAAAUGAGGAAGAUGAUGAUGACGACAAAGAAAACGUCCAUGCCUUUGAGAUUGCGGAUUCGUCUGUCGAGACGGUCCAGAAGCGCUGCCUUGACAUUGGCUACCCCAUGCUGGAAGAGUAUGAUUUCAGAAAUGACGACAUAAACCCCAACCUGGAGAUUGAUCUCCGCCCCAAUACCCAGAUUCGUCCCUACCAAGAGAAGAGCCUCAGCAAGAUGUUUGGCAAUGGCCGAGCGAAAAGCGGUAUCAUUGUUCUGCCAUGCGGCGCCGGCAAGACGCUGGUCGGCAUCACCGCUGCCUGCACCAUCAAGAAGGGCGUCAUUGUGCUUUGCACCAGCUCCAUGUCUGUCGUCCAAUGGCGUCAAGAAUUCCUCAAGUGGUCCAACAUCAAUCCCGAUGAUAUUGCCAUCUUCACCGCGGAGAGCAAGAAUAGGUUUCAAGGGAGCACUGGUAUCAUUGUCACCACGUACUCGAUGGUCACAAACAGUCGUGAGCGAUCGCAUGACUCUAAGAAGAUGAUGGAUUUCUUGAGGGGCAGAGAAUGGGGUUUGAUGUUGCUCGACGAGGUACACGUCGUGCCGGCCGAGAUGUUCCGGCGCGUCAUCUCGUCCAUCAAGUCACACGCCAAGCUCGGUUUGACGGCGACACUUCUUCGUGAGGACGAUAGGAUUUCGCAUCUUAACUUCUUGAUCGGGCCCAAGCUUUAUGAGGCCAACUGGAUGGAGCUCUCACAGCAGGGCCACAUUGCGAAGGUGCAGUGUGCUGAGGUUUGGUGCCCGAUGCCUACAGAGUUCUACGACGAGUACCUGCGCGCCAAUGCCCGGAUGAAGCGCACGUUAUACGCGAUGAACCCGCGCAAGUUCCAGGCUUGCCAGUACCUCAUCAACUACCAUGAAGCUCGCGGAGACAAAAUUAUUGUCUUCUCGGACGAGCUCUACUCUCUGAAGCAGUAUGCCCUGAAGCUCAAGAAAGUCUUCAUCUACGGCGGCACCAGCCAGGCCGAACGUAUGCAGGUCUUGGAGAACUUCCAACACAACCCCGAGGUGAACACUCUUUUCCUCUCCAAGAUCGGCGAUACUUCUCUCGAUCUGCCUGAGGCAACCUGCCUGAUCCAGAUCUCUUCUCACUUCGGCUCGCGUCGUCAGGAGGCGCAGCGCCUGGGCCGCAUCCUUCGGGCGAAGAGGCGUAACGACGAAGGGUUCAACGCCUUCUUCUACUCCCUCGUCUCAAAGGACACCCAAGAAAUGUACUACUCCUCUAAGCGUCAAGCGUUCCUUGUCGACCAGGGCUACGCCUUCAAGGUAAUCACCCACCUCGCGAAUAUCGAACAAACUCCCGACUUGGCCUUCUCCACGCCCCAGGAAGUCCGCGAACUCCUCCAGCGCACGCUGGUCGACAACGAGAAGGGCGCCGAGGAGGAUGUCGAGACCGACGAUCUCUUCGGCCGGACAGGUCGCAAGAAGAAGGCGGGCGCCCUCUCCGGUGUGCGCCGCACGGCCGGCAUGCUGAGCGAGCUCAGCGGCGGCCAGGACAUGGCGUACAUCGAGCAGAACAAGGCUGCCAACCGCGCACUCAAGCAGCAGGGUGCUGGUGGCGGUAAGAGCAGCAAGGCGGCUGCGAUGGCCGAGAAGAGUUCUUUCUUCAAGAAGAUCGAGCGCGAGAAGGAGAAGAGCAGGGCCGCGGCCCGCGCGGCGAGGCAGUAA